GUGUGUUCGUUUCACCUCCUAAUCGGUUUUCCUAGGGGAUCUAUCAUCGACUGCAGUAGAAGAAGCAAAUACAAAGAGAGGAAGAAGAUAGUAGAUUUCAGCACCACUCAUCAUCUAAUAUCACACUUUUCAACCUCAUACACAUGACAGACAUGGACACCCCUCUUGCCACCCCCCGUAAUAUCCAGAUCUGUGAGGUGACCUGCGACUCCUUCCGCAUCAUGUGGGACAUGACACCUGAGGACACUGCCAGGGCCACGCAUUUCUUCAUAGACCUGAGCCGCAAAGAGAGCCGGGACCCCAACCGCUUUAAACACAGGGAUGUGCCAACCAAGCUGGUGGCCAAGGCUGUGCCCCUCCCCAUGGCAGUGAGGGGACACUGGUUCCUGAGCCCGCGGACAGAGUACUGUGUUGCUGUCCAAACUGCUGUGCGACAGCCAGACGGUGAUUACCUGGUGUCAGAGUGGAGCCAGGUGGUGGACUUCUGCACUGGCGACUAUGCCAUGGAGCACCUCCAGCAGCUUCUUGACAAGGCCAAGGUCUCUGCAGGAAGGCUGUUGAAAUUCUCUGUAUUUUAUCGCAACCAGCACCCGGACUACUUCCACCAUGUCAGAAAUGAAUGUGGAGGAGUGAUGCGCCCAGCUCUAAAGGACAGCAGCGGGAGCCAUGGUUCUCCUAUUAAUGGCAAACUGCAUGGAGUUUUCCUCAGCUGCAACACAGAGUUUGACACAGGCCUGCCUCCCAAGGACUCCCCCUACGGCCCCCUGCGCUUCCAGAUCCCUGCUGGGCACCUGCUGAACCCCAACAUCUCCCUGUAUUUUGCAGACUUCUACUGUAUGUACACAGCGUAUCACUACGUGGUGCUGGUGCUGGCCCCUGUUGGCUCAGAGGGUGACGGCUUCUGUCGACCCCGGCUCCCAAUGCUGGACUUAGCCUCCAACCCCUUCCUGACAUACACUGCCCCCGAGAGGCCGGGGGAGGAGCCCCUCUUCUCCCACGCCAGUGAUGUCAUCCUUGAAGUGCUUUACACAGAGCCUCUCCAUCUGGACCAGGGCACUGUGGAGCAGAUCAGCGGGCAUCACCAGCUCAUGAGUCUGACCACAGCCAAUGCCAAGAAGGACCCGAGCUGCAAGGUGUGCAACAUCAGUGUGGGCCGCUGAGACUGACUGUACGGAUGCACAACAGACCCGCAAGUGUGAGUGUGUAUCUGUGAUGCUGGAAGCCGCUCAGCUGAUUGACUCAGAGAAAUACAGCGAAAU